ACUGACUCACGCGCUUAGACGGGAAACCAGGCGGCUUCUCUGUCGCGGCAAAUUCUCGCGUUAAUAGCGUUAGGACGGAAAUUUAGGCGAUAUUUGAGCCUUCUGAGUCUUCAGAUAAGCCAGCUCGCGUCUUACUCCCCUUCGAGUGAGUUUUGCAAGCGUUGAGUCGUGUCAACGCUACCUCCCGGUGCGCUCCUUACAACUCCUUAUUCUUCGAGCGGCCACCAGUUCUGCGACGUUUUGAGGCGCCUAAGCAAGUCUCUACUUUGACAUUCCUCGUUACCGCGGCUCGAUUCCCGAAAGGAGCUAGAUCCCGAAUUUUCGCCAAUCCCGAGUUUCCGCCUAUCCGGAGUUUCCGAGCACUUCUUGCAGGACAAUCCGCCUCUGCCGGGCGCCAUGAGCACUGCGACACUCGUCGCUUCCAACCAGGCGUUUAAACCGCAAUGCGUUGACUCGCGCACGCGGAUACACGGUAACCGUACCGUUGGCGUGGUUACCGAAGCGUACCGCGAGCAACCGCAAUGCCGCAUGGCCGCGCACGCACAGCAAAGAACGAUCCGAACCGUCCGACCAAUCCAAGCAGCAGCGGAUUCGCCGCUGCUGCAGCGCGCGGGGCCGCUUUCAGGCGUCCCUUUUGGCCGUAGUCACGCAAACUCCCUCUUCAAUUACAAUCACCUGCGUUCUAGUCACAACCGCAGCCAAAACCAUUCUCGCGCCACGCCCGUAUCAGCCGCGCUUUGGCCCUGGCAGCAGCAGCAGCAGCAGCAGCAAGAGAAGGCGCAGAGCAAUAGGAGCGGAGUGGUCGGGGCUGCAGGGUCGGCUGCAGCAGAGGAGACGGAGAGAAGCGGGCUACGGUCAGGGGAAGCCCCCGCUACAGCGACAUCCCUCACAGUCACAGUCUCGUCGUCAAUAGCGUCCAUCCCUGCUGCUGACUGGGACGCCUGCGCGCUGGACGCGGCAGGGGGCGCGGAGAAGCACAAUCCGUUUGUGUCACACGCGUUCCUGCAGUGCCUGGAGGAGAGCCGCAGCGCGUGCCGUGAGGAGGGGUGGUUGCCGCAGCACCUGGUGGCCCGGGACAGCGAGGAGAGGAUCGUUGGCGUGCUGCCCCUGUAUUUAAAGGGCCAUUCCUACGGCGAGUAUGUCUUCGACCACUCCUGGGCGAAUGCGUUUAUGCGGGCAGGAGGCUCCUACUACCCCAAGCUGCAGUCCUGCGUGCCCUUCACGCCCGCCACCGGACCUCGCCUGCUGGUUCGGGCCGGACCUGACCGCGAGGCUGUGCUGGGGGGGCUGUGCCAGGCCAUGAAGCAAGUGGCGGACGAGUACGCGGUGUCAUCGGUUCACGUGACAUUCCCCUGCAAGGAAGACUGGCAGGUCAUGGCACGGCACGGGUUUAUGCAGCGCAUCGGAAUGCAGUACCACUGGCGCAACAGGGGCUAUGGCAGCUUCAACGAUUUUCUGAUGGAUCUGAAGCAGUCAAAGCGCAAGACAAUCCGGCAGGAGCGAAAGAAGGUAGCAGCGCAAGGCUUGAAGCUGCUGCGGCUGAGGGGAGAUGAUAUCAAGGCUCACCACUGGGACAGCUUCUUCCGCUUCUACUGCAACACCACAAACAGAAAGUGGGGCCAGACCUACCUCACUCGCGAGUUCUUCCACCUGCUGGGGGAGAGGUUGGGGGAUCAAGUCCUGCUGGUGGCAGCAGAGGACGGGACGGGGCGCAUGGUGGGGGGGGCGCUCAACCUGGUGGGGGGGGAGGCGGUGUUUGGCCGCAACUGGGGCGCUCUUCCAGGAACGCACUACCCGUUCUUGCACUUUGAGGCGUGCUACUACCAGGCAAUAGAAGCAGCCAUUGAAGCAGGGCUAGCUCGAGUGGAGGCAGGAGCGCAGGGGGAGCACAAAUUACCACGGGGUUACUUGCCCACGGCCACCUACAGUGCGCACCACAUCCCGGACCCGGCGUUCAGAUCGGCUAUUGCUGGGUUUCUGGAGCGGGAGACAGUACAGGUCCAAUAUGCGCUUUCGGUGAUCGACCAAGAGGCAAACCCCUUCAAGAAACAGCCUGUUGUAGACGCUAACAUCAUGUAAUAUAAUGUUGGUGAAAGCUACCAUGUGAUAAGGCCACGCAGAAAACAAAUUUCAUUAUCAUGUGCUUUUCCAUCUACUGCAUUGUGCGAUUGUUGUCUGCUGAAUGCUCAAAAUGGUUGUACAUAUUAGGACGUGUUCCUAAGGCACGCG